GCCGCGCAACGACCUGUUGUGAUCCCGUCAUGGCGCGCUACGCCCGUGUCGCUACUCUGGUCGCGUGUCUCUUGUUUGCCUGCGCCGCUGCGAACGAGCAUCGAAUGCAUCGAUGGCGGCGGCAAGCAGAUGAUGCAGCUAAAAAAGACGAGAGCCUGGAGCAAGAGCUAUGCAAGGACAAGGACGCUGGCGAGUGGUUCCGGCUGGUGGCUGGCGAGGGCGACAACUGUCGCGACGUCAUCCAAUGCACUGCCUCGGGAAUUCAAGCUAUACGUUGCCCAGCCGGUUUAUAUUUUGAUAUUGAAAAGCAAACAUGUGACUGGAAAGAUGCAGUAAAGAAUUGCAAACUAAAGAACAAAGAACGGAAAGUGAAACCCUUGCUGUUUACUGAGGAGCCUCUCUGCCAGGACGGCUCGUUGGCUUGCGGCGACUCAACUUGUAUCGAACGCGGCCUAUUCUGCAACGGUGAAAAGGACUGCGCUGACGGUUCCGAUGAAAACACAUGUGAUAUCGACAAUGACCCUAACAGGGCACCGCCGUGUGAUCCUACACAGUGCGUGUUACCCGAUUGUUUCUGCUCAGAAGACGGUACAGUAAUUCCUGGUGACCUGCCCGCGAGAGACGUGCCUCAGAUGAUUACAAUCACAUUCGAUGAUGCUAUAAACAACAACAACAUUGAGCUUUACAAAGAAAUAUUUAAUGGAAAACGUAAAAAUCCCAAUGGAUGUGAUAUUAAAGCUACAUUCUUCAUCUCACACAAAUACACAAACUACUCAGGUGUUCAAGAGACACAUCGUAAAGGUCACGAGAUUGCAGUCCAUUCCAUCACGCACAAUGAUGAUGAACGUUUCUGGAGUAACGCCACCGUUGACGAUUGGAGCAAAGAAAUGGCUGGUAUGAGAGUCAUUAUUGAGAAGUUUUCAAAUAUCACUGAUAACAGCGUAGUGGGUGUCCGUGCACCUUAUUUGCGAGUCGGUGGCAAUAAUCAAUUUACUAUGAUGGAAGAACAAGCUUUCUUAUAUGACAGCACAAUUACAGCACCGCUAUCGAACCCACCUCUAUGGCCUUAUACCAUGUAUUUUAGAAUGCCCCACCGAUGCCAUGGUAAUUUACAAAGCUGCCCUACCCGCAGCCAUGCUGUUUGGGAAAUGGUGAUGAACGAACUAGAUCGACGAGAAGAUCCUAAUAAUGAUGAGUAUCUACCAGGUUGUGCCAUGGUUGAUUCUUGCUCUAAUAUAUUGACUGGAGAUCAAUUUUACAAUUUCUUAAAUCAUAACUUCGAUCGGCAUUACGAACAAAAUAGAGCACCUUUGGGUCUAUACUUCCACGCUGCUUGGUUGAAGAAUAAUCCCGAGUUUUUAGAGGCAUUCCUUUACUGGAUCGAUGAAAUCCUCUCUAGCCACAAUGACGUCUAUUUCGUAACAAUGACUCAGGUUAUUCAAUGGAUACAGAACCCGCGCACUGUAUCAGAGGCAAAGAACUUCGAACCAUGGAGGGAAAAGUGCGCAGUAGAAGGUAUCCCAGCCUGCUGGGUACCACACUCUUGCAAAUUGACAUCUAAGGAGGUUCCCGGUGAAACCAUCAAUCUGCAAACAUGCGUAAGGUGUCCUGUAAACUAUCCUUGGCUAAAUGACCCCACAGGUGACGGCCACUAUUAAAGCGCAACGAUCUCGCGCGUACAGCGCUCAAAAAAUUAGUUAUUAUGUAAAAUUUCGGUUUCGAGAUUGCACGGAUAACAUAUUCUUAGGUACAAAUACUCAAUUAAAAUAACAAUAAUACAUUCCCGCAACAUUUUAGCACAAUAGUUAAUAAUAAUUAUUAAUUAAUUAAUGUACUAUGAAUGUGUUUUCCUGCGAUUUCAUUUUGUACCGGGUCAUAAUCCCGUCUAUAGUCUAAGCCUACCUAAUUGUAUGUAAUAUAGACUCAUAUAAAUAUUUAAUAGAUCUGUUUUGUCUGUAUACUUUAUGUGAUUUCCUAAUGUAAGUAUGUUUAAUAAAUUGAAAAAUACAAACACAAAAAUAUUA